CCCUCGCCCGACCAGUCCAGCCUGGACGUGGCCGAUGCCACGCUCAUCAAGCAGGAGUCCAUCUACGAGCUGAUGCUGGAGCCAGCCCUGUUUGCCCACGGAGGGCUGGAGGGCGGGCAGCUCGCCGCCGACAUCUCCGUCCUGGAGAUCGACCGGGUGGCCCAGAACGUGGUGAAGUCGCACCUGGAGACGUGCCAGUACACCACGGAGGAGCUCAAGCGCCUGGCGUGGAGCCUCUACUCCCCCGAGGAGGUCCGGGCCCUGCAGAGCAAGAGCUGUGAGGCCAUGUGGCAGCAGUGCUCGCUGCAGAUCUCCAACGCCAUCCAGUACGUGGUGGAGUUUGCCAAGCGCAUCGACGGCUUCAUGGAGCUCUGCCAGAACGACCAGAUCAUCCUCCUGAAAGCCGGGUGCCUGGAGGUGCUGCUGAUCCGCAUGAUCCGCGCGUUCAACCCCCUGAACAGCACCGUCCUCUUCGAGGGCAAGUUCGGCGGCGUGCAGAUGUUCAAGGCGCUCGGCUGUGACGACCUCAUCGGCGCCGUCUUCGAGCUGGGCAGGACCCUGUGCCGGCUGCAGCUGUCAGAUGAGGAGCUCGCCCUCUUCACUGCUGCCGUCCUGCUCUCCCCGGAUCGCCCGUGGCUGACGGAGUCCAAGAAGGUGCAGAAGCUCCAGGACAAGAUCUACGUGGCCCUGCAGCACGAGAUCCAGAAGAAACACUCCGCCGAGGACAAGCUCUCGAAGAUGGUUUCCAAGCUGCCCCUGAUGAAGACCAUUUGCAACCUGCACUUGGACAAGCUGGAAUUUUUCCGUCUCCUGCACCCGGAGACUGCCAUGAACUUCCCACCCCUCUACAAGGAGGUCUUCAACUCGGAGCUUCAGUACAGCGACCCACGGGAGAGCUAAGGCUGGGACCUGCCAGCCC